AUGACUCCAUACAGGCCCUUAGGGGGUAAAGAGAAGGAACUGAAUCUUUGGGAUUUAGAAGGUGUCGGAGAGAUGUUGACCAGCAACCUAUCGAGAAAGAGGAAAAUAUAUAGAAUGAAUAAAAUGAAAGGGAGAAAAAGUAAACAAAAUAUGGCAAGCAAUGGACCCUCCAGCAACUCAAAACCAAAGAAGGAAUCAUUUCCAAGACAUCACUUCCUCAAAGUUCUGGGGCAUGACAGACUGCUUAUCAUUUUAGGUCUGUUCAGUAAACAAUCAGGCCUAAAGAACGAGUUCAUGUUCUCGUAUUUCUCUCUAGAGUCAAGAGUCAAGCAUAGGGGUUCCUUAAGGAAGUCCGCCCACAGGGAAAGAAUGAUCCUCCUUGACAGGUAA